AUUAUUUUAAUAUUAAAUAUUUUUACAAUUAUCAUAAUAAUUUCCAAUAUUAUAAUAUUUUUAUCUAUUAUUAUUUCUAAAAAAACUUAUAUAGAUCGAGAAAAAUGUUCACCAUUUGAAUGUGGAUUUGACCCCAAAUCAUCUGCUCGAAUUCCAUUUUCUUUACAUUUCUUCCUAAUUACAGUAAUCUUUCUAAUUUUCGAUGUAGAAAUUGCUCUUAUUUUCCCUAUUAUUAAAUUAUUUAAAUUAGUAAACUUUUUUUUAUGAACAAAAAUUAGUUUUUUUUUUAUUUUAAUUUUAUUAAUUGGAUUAUACCAUGAAUGAAAUCAAAAUAUAUUAAAUUGAACAAAUU